UUUUUCACUCAGAUUCGGUGUAUUUUAGAAACAGGAACUCCCCAAAGUUGUUGCUAAAUCUGGAAUUUUUGUAGAUACCAUCUCAAGAACAAACAGAAAUAUGGUUACUUUUCCGUUAAAACAAUAUAUUGAAGGGUAGUAAAACAAAAGUCCGUCGGUUGCACAAGUUACCGCAGCCAUUAAGCCGCGUUCAACACAACUGGGAACUCGGAAAAAUACAAAGUCAAAUCAUAACGUCAGUGAUCUUCAGGCCGGAAACUCGGCGCUCCAGAAAGAGUCCCGAGUUCCCGAGUUGGAUGACCGUUCAAAACGAUAUUUUUUCCAAUCGGAUCAUUCCGAGUUCCCAUUGUUUUGAACGUUCUGAAGUCGGAGAUUCCCAAGAACCUAGUUGUUUUGAACACGUCAUGGUAAUUCGGAAAUUUUCAACGUCCAACUUCAGUGCGUUCAAGAUAUCUGGGAACUCGGAAAAAAAUGAGCUCCGACUGGGAACAAUCGAUUUGAGCGGACUUCCAACUCGGACCUCUUUCUCGACCUGAAGAUUCCUGACGUCCAUUACGUAUUUUCCCGAGUACCCAGUUGUUUUGAAUGCAGCAUAUGACGCAAACCCUAUCCAUCUUUAGCCUACAACGUGUCGUCAUCCACUGGUGCAAGAUGGAUGUUGUAGUCUCGCAGUUUGUUGAGACAACGACCGUUCGAUCCUUCCGCAUUUCAAAUGGAAAUUAUCAACACCAACAUCAGAUGACAAUUUAGGAACUAUCUUGUUAAUUUACGUUGUAGCCAACUAAUCGAUUACACUUUGUUGUAAACGAAAUGGAAAUUUGAAUACUGAGUUGCUAUAUUUUCAUAAAAUCGUCUUGUUUCAAGCGUUUGGCAAAGAUGCGGGAUCUUCAAUACCUUGACAAUGAAACAUGUUGGCUUGUCAAAGAGCUGAAGUCAAACAUUUCUCAAGAAUCAUACUUUUUACCUAGGGAAACUGGCCUGAAUAUAAUGGAGUCUGCAGCAGAGAAUCACAAUGGAGUCUCUGCAAAAUGCAGAAAUGCCAAAGUUGAAGACUUGUGGAGCCUGACCAGUUUCUUUGGUUUCAGCACCCAGACAUUUGUUCUGGCUGUCAAUCUACUGGAUAGGUUCUUAGCCAUAAUGAAGGUCCAACCUAAGCAUCUGCCUUGCAUUGGAGUCUCCUGCCUCCAUAUUGCUGCCAAAAUGGUUGAGGAUGAGUGUAACAUCUCACCCACCCAUGAACUCAUCCGCAUCAGCCAAAGCAAGUUCACUGUUUCUGACCUCAGCCGAAUGGAGAAGAUAAUCUCUGGAAAACUCAACUUGGAGCUCAAAGCCGUCACAGCCUUAACCUUUUUACACUUAUACCAUGCUGUCAUCGUAUCACUUACAUCAGAAAGGGAGGAGAUCCCAAGCAUUGGGAGACUGGAAGCCCAGCUAAAGGCCUGCUUAUGUCAGCUUGUUUUCUCUAAAGCAAAACCAUCGGUGCUGGCACUGUCUGUCGUUUGUCAGGAGUUUGAAGCCCUCCAGUCUUUUGCCAUGUUGGAAAUUGUCCAAGAUGUCCAAAGGCACCUAAAGAUUGUUGACAGUGAGUUACUCUACUGGAGGGGUCUUGUGGCCAAAUGCAUGACUGAGUACCGCUCAAGUGAAUGUAACAAACCAGACAACAAAAAACUGGUGUGGAUCGUGUCCAGACGAACUGCCCAAAAUUUGCACGCUAAUAACUUCAGUGUCCCUGAACUGCCGACCAUUCCAGAGGGGAGCUGGGGUGAAAGUGAAAGUGAGGAUUCCUGUGAGGACAUGAGCUGUGAAGAGGACAGCCCGUGCAGCUCUCCUGGCAGUGACGAAAAGGGAGCCUUCUUCCCCGUAGAGUUUCGCAACCAGGGCAGAAAAUGAUACUCCCUCUUUUUGAUGAGCUCAAACUUGUGAUUGAGAUUAUGUGUAACCGGGGUGCUAAAUGUAACUUUCCCUACAUGUAAUGUUUCCCCUUCCUUGUAGUCAUGAUUCAGGACAAAAUGGUUUCUUUCACUUGGCAUACUGUAUGUGUGACAGACUGGUAUCAAACUCUGGUUGCCUGCGAGCCUGGUUAGCCCUCUCCACUAAAGCCUUGGUGUGGACAUAAGUCGUCCUGUCUAAAGCUAGGUUACUGAUCACGGGAGCGUAGUCCAACAAACCACCUCUGCUACAUACAUAUGUAUUCUGGAAAUACUGAACAACAGUCCCUAUCAAGUGCCUGUGUUAGUCCAUGUGCUGUUUUUAAACUUUUGUUAUGAUUUUAGAUCUGAGUGAGAUUUAAAUUGCAAUAUUUUGUCAGCUGACUGGCAAUAAGAUCUUUGAAAGCCUUUUUAAAGAUGUUGCUGGUGUCAAUCUAUGUCCAAAUUUGACACAUUCCAGGUGACAUUAAGCACAAUGGUGUAAUGAUUUUCUUCCUAGGAUGUCGAACCUGUGCACUGACUGUUUAAAUCAAUGGGAAAUACCCAACAUAUUGGUACAUUUGUGCAAAACUUUACCUGUUUUAUAGAAUAAUAUUCAUGUAAAAGUUUCCUAUACACCAUGUUAUUGUAAUGUGUUUGUAAGAUUAUAUGCAGAAUGAUACUGUAUUCUAUGAAUGGUGACUUGUAUGUAAAUGUGAUUGUGUUAGAAAAUGAUGGUGAUUGUUGUCUAUUGAGAUUCAGUACAUGUGCAAAAUAUUUAUAUUUAAACAAAUAACAAUGUACAUAAAAUUAAGAAAGCUGUAUCAUGCUUUGUGAAUAGGCCAUCUUAUGUUACGGUAUAUCAACAUAUUGUUAGAAAUGAACCAAGAACCCUAAAAAUAAAAGAGUAUUUUUAAA